CAGAGGCUACCUCCAGCCUGCAGAGGGGGGAAAGAGCAGAGCGAGAAGCCCACCGCGGGGCUCCUCUCUGGAUCUUAUUUUCACAUCGUGGGGCAUAGUAUUGGGGCCUGGGCAACUGCAGGCAGCCCAACAGUCGCGCAGAAAAUGUCUUUCUGCUUAACCAUUUCUACCAGAAGGGGGACCAGUCCGUCUGCCGUAGACGGAGAGUGGCCGACGGCGAGCAUGAAGGCAGAGGAGACGCCAGGGCAGGCUGACAAUGAUUUCCUCAGUGAUUACGUACAGAGCGAGUCCCUGCGGGGUAGGGGCCCCCUCUGGAGCCAUCCUGAUGGCUUUGGGGGCCUUGCUUCCAUUUUCCAUUAUUAUGUGGACUACCGGAGCGACAGCGCAGUCCAAGACCUUGCAGUAGAAGACAAUGUGACAGAGGACCAGCACAGUCCUGGGCAGACUGCCAUUCCAAGCGAUCCAGAGUGCGCCCUCGAGAGGGUGGCAGAGGAUGGUGAGGCCGGGCAUCUGAGGAAGAGGCUGCUCUCUCCAGAGGAAGGAGAGGAGGGAGAAGAGGAGGACGAGGAGCCUGCUCUGCACAGCUGCGACAGCUGCCGGCAGGUGUUCGAGUCGCUGAGCGAUCUCACCGAACACAAGAUUAAUCAAUGCCAGCUGACAGGUAAACAACGUUCAGCCCACCGAGCCUCCCCUCCACUCUGCCACUCAGCUCUUCUCCCACUCCCACUCUCGCUCUGUGCCUUCAAUAGAGAAUAUGCCACGCUACGUGUGUUAGUACACUGCACUAAGGGGAGCACAACACCAGAUUUCUAGUUUUUCUGGUAAAUAUCUACCAACAAAGGCCUUGGCACAUGUGCCGUGUUAUUUAUAUGCACCUUACAUGCUGGAAUAUGGCACACAAAUAUGGCCUAUGUGAAUCAUUGUAAUAUUAUUUACAGUCUGGGCCAUAGCCUUCCUUGUUUCACCAUAAAUCCUUAUAUGUUUGUAAUCUGGAGCUGCGUGGUCCAGCUCCUCAGCUGGAAACAGUACAUCGCUGUAAGAAAGUCCCCCAGUCAGCCCCACUGUUAGUAAACUGCAGUAGUGAUACCUUGUGGGACUGAAGAAGAAGGAUGCCAUUGGCAGACUCUGUCAUUGACCUGUUGAUGGAUGAAUAGGACUAUAAAUACACUGACAAGGUGGCAGACAGAACUAAUGAUGUGAACUGAAGGUUUCCAUGUGCUUCUCCUGGAUUUGCUGUCCUCCUUUACACAUCCUGAUGAGCCUAAAUUGAGAGAUGCCAUCUGAAGCACGCUCAAAAACACAACACGAGGCAGGACACCAAUAUUUGAACUUUUAUUUGUCGUUUAAUGAAAACUUAAGGGUUACUCAUGAGAAUCUYUGCUUAGUCUGUGUUCUGUUUACAUUCAUGCGCAGUUUGGUUUCACAUUUUGCAGCCCACAGUCAGCCAACCACAAAUUAUAGGUUAGAUAUCCCAAGAGCAUUACAAAGAUUUUCCAUCAUCUUCAAAACACUCUCAAGUCUGGUGUUUGAGUGUUUUUUUUUUCCUUCAUAGUUUGUAUGAAAUUGACAGUGUUGUUUCUUCAAGCAGAAAUGCAUUGCAUGCUCAUUGCAUGUGAAGCGGCUUGCUUACAUAUAUCUGUGGGCCUGCCGCUGGUGUGAAAAAAGUACCAAAAAAGUGUAAAAUUAAAGAAAAACUGUUCCCUUUUUUUGUUGUUUUUUUUCUGUUUUUUUGUUUUUGUUUUUCCUGCUGAGUCGCUGGCAUUAAACCCAACAGUUUGUGUUUGAAAAAAAUUGUAAUGGGUGACAUCCUCUCAGCUAUUUAUGUUCCAGAAUAUGAGCCUGUCUGACCUUGAGAUCUUUUUUUUUCCCCAUCAACAAACAACCACAAACUUCAAUGUAUUUUAUUGGCAUAUUAUGUGAUACACCAGCACAAAAUAAGAGAUAAUUGUCAAGUGGAAUAAAAGGGAUACAUGUAUUUUUUAAAGAGGAAGUAUUUUCCACGAAGAGUGCAAUUUUAUAGAACAGUCAAGUAACUAUGUUUCUUUCAGUUGUUAUAUG